AUGGCGAAUACAAACAUCCAAACAGAAGUAGUAAUGACUGGGGUUCGUCUCAAUGUUAUAGUGGAAUAUUCCUUUGAAAAUAUAAUCGCAGUGUAUCUUCUUCAUAAUGGAAAGGAAUACAGAGGUGUAUUGUUAGAAACAGACCCAGGAUUGUUCCCUCAUGGCAUCCCUUUCUCUGGUAAAUCAGUCAUGGAACAAAAGAUCAGCUUAAAAAACUCUCCAAGAUCUGCAUUGGAUACAAAGCCUGGAAUGGAAAACAAACCUCCAGAUAUAAGUAACAGCUUUAAAGAUGUUAAGUUUGAGUUGUCAGCAUCAAUCUGCAGAUUUUCUUACAAUACAAAUCCAUUCCUCACAAAUCCUAGACCUGUGCCUGAUACACCAACAAUAGAAAUGAAACCUGUCACAGUUCGCAGGAAGACAAUUAGAGACAUAAGACUGCGGCCUCGUCAGACACUUUGCUUCAAGUGCAAAGCAGCCAUUCAUGAAAACCACAAAAUGCAUACAUCUCAAAGCAACACAAACAGUACGGCCAGCACUGCAACGUCAAAACUAAAACCUUUAGACUCAUCCACUUCUAGAGAUACUGACAGUGCUGCAGCUCAGUCCACAUCGUCACUACCACCUGUAACUCGAAAAAGAAAAAAAUGUUUACAGUCGCCCAUGGUGCUGCUAGAAGACAUACAGCUCAAAACAAGUAAAAUCUCUCAUGAAAGAAGUUCGAAAGAAAGCAGCAAUGUAAACUUAACUUUUCAGCGACCUUGCAGGGCUGUAAAACGAAGCAGUAGUGGAAACAAAUUAUCAGAUUUUGACAAUAGAAAACCAAUAAAUGCUACAGCUAGAAGUCACCGUUCAUCAAGCUCUGGAAGUAUUAAUACAGGAAAUGACUUCUUACAAAUCAUUGAUGAUUCAGAAAACAGCAAAGGUAACUCAUUAAGUAAAAGUGGUAAAAAGAAAUGUAUUAUUUCCACUACUUGUAAUGCUAAACCAUCUCCAGCAAUUAAAAUCACAAUUGGAGAUGGUGCAAUAAUCAAAAUACCACCCAGGCUGCCUGACCGGGGAGCUGAACACAUUGAUGAAGAACUUCCAAUACCAAAACUAAAAAUUUUGGAUUCUGGGCCAGCAGAGUAUCAUGCUCAUAAAAAGGCCAAGAAAGCAGCUAAAAAAUCAAAAGAUCGCGACAAAUCUAAGUCCAGUGCCGGCAAAGGAGAAAGCUACAUAGAUCUACAACAAAAUGAAAUGUCUUCAACCAAAUCUCAGAAAAAGCAUAAAAAGAAACAUCGUCAUCGUCAUGAUAGUUCUGUAUCUGCAAGUGCGUAUUGUGAGGAUUCUGUUCUGGUGCCUUUAGAACUGAAAAAAAGUAAAGGCAGCAAAGAUUUUCUUCUGCCUGUUAGUGAUGGAGAAGAACAAAACAGUGCUGUGGAAAUUAACAGCGUACCUCAGUGUAGAGAUGCAGAAAACUAUGAAAAUGCUUUGCCUAUUGUGGAUAGUAUAAACAUUCAGAGACCGAGACUCGUGUACACUUGGAGACAGAACCAAGGGCUGUCAAGGGUUUCUUCUUCACCUAGAGAAUCAGCUCCCAGUGUUUCUCCAAAGUACAUAAUUAAAAGUUCACCAGGUAUUAUGCCUGUAGGAAAUUCUCCCCAUAGAAGAAAAAAUGCAUCUCCAGCUCGAGUAGUAAGUGCAUCACCAAGUUGGCACUUUUCACCUUCACCAAAGCUCAUGCUUAAAGACUACCCACUUCGAAGUUUAAAUGACACUGUGUAUUCCUCUGGCCACAUCACGGAAUCUGUGCAGCCUUCAGAUUUUGGAAAAGUGCAGACUUCUGAGGACAGUCAUUCUCGUUCUAGUGAAGAGGAAACCCAUUUCAGUGACUUCAGUGAUGAUUCUGGAGAUUGUAUAAAUGACUUUUUUCCUGGGCCUCAAUCACCACCUAUGGAGGAUGAGGACAAAGACAUCAUUAAGCCAUUAAUGAUGAAAAUUCAGACACAGAAUGUUGAUGGAUGUGUCUUAGAGGAGGGACGUGAGAUUCAUGUUGGUGAUAUUGUGUGGGGAAAAAUUCAGGGUUUUCCUUGGUGGCCAGGACGGGUUUCCAAUAUUACAGUAACGCAGCGUGAUAAUAACGUUAUAAUUACUCGGGUAGCCAAUGUAGCAUGGUUUGGAUCAAAUACUGUUUCACAUAUGCAUUGUUCAGACCUUUUUCCAUUCUUAGAAGACUUUAAAACUCGUUACAAUAAAAAGAAGAAAGGACAGUAUAGAGUGGCUAUCAAACAGGCAACUUCUGCAGCUCAAAGAUUAGCUGCUGAAUCACAUAGGGAAUUUUUAAUUGAAGAUUAUGAAUUAUAG